CGGAAGGGCAUUGCUAGGUCGUGUUCCUUGGUAACCACGUAAACGCUACACUGUGUUGGUUUCAGUCAAUGUUGAGGUGGUAGUGUACAACCGGGGAAAGACAUACAAAAUAACAAUGGCAUUGCCGUUUCUCCCGGGAAACUCUUUUAACAACAGUCUUGGUAAAACAAAAUACCAUAAAUCACACCACUUUGACUACAAAAAUGAAGUUUCUAUGCUGGUCGGCAAUGAUAAGCCAGGUAUAGGUGGUGAAUUGCUCAGAGGACAGAAAGUUAGACCACAAAACACAGUCUUCCCUAAGGGAGAGGGAAGUAACUUACCUGCCUGGGUGGCUUUUGACAGACAGGUUUUGUGUUUUGAUGCAUACUUUCAAGAAGCUGUGCACGAGAAGCGUGAGGAGCAAUACAGGGUCCGCAACGUAAAGGUCUAUUUCUAUUUGGAAGAUGACUCUAUUCAGGUCAUUGAACCAAGGGAAAAGAACAGUGGAGUACCUCAAGGUACACUGAUCAGGAGACACAGAAUCCCUAAACCUGCUCCUAAUGAUGAUGAAUACUACACAGCAGAGGACUUCAAUAUUGGCUGUGAAAUUAACCUCUACUCCAAAGUUUUCAAGCUCACCAAUGCUGAUGACUUCACAAAGAACUUCCUUAGAAAAAUGGGAGUCCGAGUCAAUGAUAUUGAGAAUAAACCAGAUAAUCCAUACACCAAAUACAGAAAAGCUAUGGAUGAGAGCAUGCAACCACUCAGACCAUAUGAAAAACAUGACACCCUGAAGCAGUUCUUGGAUCAUGAUCGCCAUGUCCUGCGAUUCUUCUGCUACUGGGAUGACACGGACAAUAUGUUUGGAGAUCCUCGUGAAAUGGUGCUUCAUUACUUCUUGGCUGAUGACACAAUUGAGAUCCGAGAAGUCAUUCCUGCCAAUUCUGGCAGAGAUGCUGCACCAAUGUUCCUGAGACGAGGCAAGCUUCCAAAGAACAUUGAAUCCCUCAGGCAGCCGGGAGAGAUCACAGAUAGAACUGUACUUAAUGUGUUUGGUCCAACAGGACAUGGAGGCCGAUACAUCUUGGAUAGCUUAAAGACUGGGGCUGUGAACACAGAUUUCUACAGGGACAGUGAUCUCACACUGGGAGCUGUAAUCAAUGUCUGGGGAAGGAAACUUCUUAUCUGUGAUGCUGAUGAAUUCACAAAGGAAUAUUAUCAUACAAAGUAUGGAAUUGAGAAUUUCUCAUCUGUCCAAUACAAAAAGAACCAAGCUGGAAACCCACCCCGCCAGUUCCCACCAUACAAUGGAUGGGGCAGUGAAGAAGAUUCACUCUGCUCCUGCAUGGGUCUCCUCCCAAAACCACCGAAGAGGGACUUCAUCAAGUUUAUGGAGAAGGACAGACGUGGGCUGGACAGCAAUGUUCUGCGUUUCUUGGCUCGCAUGAACACCACCAAACCUAUCGACCAAGAGCGCCGCUUCAUCAUUUCUUACUAUCUGUCUGAUGACACCAUCUCAGUUUUCGAGCCUCCUGUCAGAAACUCAGGAAUCAUUGGUGGCAAAUUCUUGGAGAGGUCAAGAAUCAAGAAGCCAAACCAGCAACCUUACAGCACAGACAUGUCCCAGUACUAUCUGUCAAAUGACCUCUUUGUGGGUGCUUGUGUCAACUUUAACAGCCACAUUUUUGUCCUCAUUGAUGCUGAUGAAUAUGCCUUUAGAUAUAUGGAACAGAAUCCUGGCUAUUCCAAAGCCAAUAUCAAUGCCAUUUUGCAAAAGUUAGUCAGUGCAGUUGGCAGCAAUCAAGACGAGAUCCGCUCCUUCUUUAUGAAGAACGAUCCUAAUGGUCUUGGUUGCCUAGGCUACGACCAGCUGGUGUCCCUCCUGCGUCAAGUUGACCCCAACAUCAGCGAUCAAGAGAUCAUGACCGUGGCCCGCCACUACAGUCAGAGGACACAGGAGGAUGCCAUUGACUCCCAGAAACUGGUUGCCAUUGUACAGGAGCAACUUAGAAAGAGAAACUAUGAGGGAUUCGGCAAAUUGUUGGAGGACUGCAUGCAGAAUGAUAAAGACAAACAAGGCCUUUUGGACGGGGAGAUUGUCAGGACUAUUUUCCGUGCUCACAAUGUGCCCCUCCCUGAUGACCUCCUGAGAGCUGCAUUGUCAAUGUCUGUUGCCACAGAGAAAGGUGAGGUAGCCUACAAGAACCUGAUCAGUCAGAUGAACUGGAGGGACUGCCCUGUGCCCCCCAUGCAAUAUGAACCCUCCUCUGAUCCCAACUGGGUCGGUACACAACAAGGAAAAGGAAGUGUGUCCAUGAUUAACUAUCAGAAUCUCCUAGAUGAUUGCUUUGGAAAGGGAAAGUCUUCAUCAUAAAGACAAAGUGCUAGGAGUUUAUUCAAUUUAACUGUGAUACAAGACUUGUUAAAUGAUAUGUAAUUAUCAAUGUGCCCUGAAUACAGGGAGUUUUUUUUUUAUAAACAUAACAGAAAACAAAAUUUUCUGGAUAUAUUUAUUGUGUUGAGAAAAGGAUGAAAAAUCCGUCCAAAGAAACGUUUUAACAGUAUAACAUUGAAAACAGCACAGAACUGUGUUUAUGAAGUUUUUGUAUAUAAUGAAUACAUUUUAAAAGUGAAUAAAAAGAGUAAUCAUGUA